AUGGUUCUACAGUCUUCAUCUGCACUGGGUGUAUUCGCCAAACUCCCACCCGAGAUUCGUCUCAACAUCUGGGAACACCUCUGGGACGACCUUUUCCCUUUUGGAGUGCGCAAUUUUAAAUUGCCAAAGCUCUACAUUGGCCGGACGACACUGGCCAUUCUCCGCGCCAGUCGACAGCUAUACGAGGAGAUAUCACACCACUUGUAUGCAAAUCUCACCUUGGAGAUUCAUAUCUCACCACGAUAUUUCGCGAAGGACUGGGCAUUGUUCAUCUGCAAAAACCCCCAUGCUGUUUGGCGCAUCGAGAGUGAGAAGGAAGCUGUCUGGUAUGGGUUUCUGGACUUUCCGUAUUACAAGGCGAAGAUAGAAAUCGUCCUGCAUGCCCCGAGUCCGGAUGAUCCUGCUCAGGUGCAUCUUGUCUGGCACAGGGCUCAUAAGAUUGUGGAUUUUCUCAAUCAAAUGCCUGUCUUAAGAGCUGUGACUAUACGCCUACAUCCCUUCGGCGUCGAAAAUGACUGGUGCAGGAACGGACGAGCGAAUAGAAGUAUACCGUACAUGGACCUUCGCGAUUACGAUAUUGCCUUUUUGCCAUUCACCCGGCUACGGAAUGUCGAGAAGAUAGAGGCCGUCACGCAUUCGCGCGAGCUGGACGAAGCUAUCAACUGGAGAAUCAUAAAGCAUGGGCGCGAAUACAUUCUCCGUCGCCAUUGGAUUCUUCCUGAUAUCCCGAAAUAUGAGAAGGUUGCUCGUUCAUUACCGUCUUUAUCGCGAUCUUCCGAGGCUACGGGGGAAGACCAAACGGAAAUUGCUUCAGCGGUUGUGUUGGAAGCGAAUUCAGCGCAACGGCAAAGGUGA